AUGUGGCGCAGAGUAACAAUAAAGCAUGAUCUUCCAGUGAUGCUAGAAUGUAGUGACAAAUUCCCAUUGGCUGUGUGUCAUGUGGCUGGGAGGGACUGUGAGGCUGGCAGGAAGCCGGGGACUGCUGCUGUCCUUUGUACCUGCUCCGGCUGUAACAUGAUGUCCCUUUCUACCGUAAAGCGAGAAGCAGCUGUUGGAAUCGCGUUGCUGGGGGUCACAUUUGCAGCUGGUGUCUAUAUAGGCAAACACUACUUCUUGUUCAGAAGAAAGAAAUCACAAAAGAUUUUUGAGGGUGUGACUGACCCACGCAGAGACUAUCUUUUGCGCUUCUCGCUACGGGAACAUCCAGCUGCAAAGAGGCUGAGGCUGAGUCUUCCGGGAGCUGCAGUACAAGAUGUUAGCAGUGAUGCUGCACAGCUAUUGGGGAACCUUGCUAAGGUUAUCAAAGCCCGGAAAGCUUUGGAAAUGGGCGGAAGCUGUGGUUACAACCCCCUUGUCCUAGCUCUGGUGCUGCCAAGUGAUGGCAAAGUGACAGUAAGCUUGUGUGACGGUGAGGACAUCACAAACGCAAGAGAAUGCUGGAGAGAGGCCGGCGUGGACCAUAAGAUUAUUGUGAGCGAUAAACCUGCAGAGCAAAUAGCUGAUGAUUUGCUCUCGGCGGGGGAAGACGGCACAUUUGACCUGGUCUCUGUUAAUAUGACCCACCAGCAGGAUUACAAGAAGUGUUAUGAAAAAUGUCUACGGCUUGUGAGGAGUGGAGGGAUAUUAGCUAUAGAUGGGGUAUUGUGUGGUGGAACUGUGCUUAAACUAGAACGUGCAGCUGUGACGGAGAUAGGAAUGCACCAGCUAAACGAAGCAAUUCUACGGGACGCCCGAGUAUCACUGAGCAUCCUCCCCCUGGGAGACGGCCUAUCGCUGUGUUUCAAACUAUGAGAAUUCAUUUUCUAAACCUUUAGUCAAACAGUUGGAUCACCCCUUCUUUUUUCGAUAAGAGACAUUUACAAAAUCCAUACUGCAGUAUUAAAGGCACACUGCUUCCAGCGGCAGCUCUUCUAUGCAGUAAUUAUGGUGCAUGCAUCAUAACAACUCGGUCAGGUGUAGCCAAACCCUAAUGUUUAGCUUUUCUUUUUCUGGUAACAAAAUUGUAUUAUAAAUAUCAAAAUCUAGCAUUCACACAAAAAAAUUAGAAAUAA